AUGUUAUUAGCUAGAAUUAAAAGUAUACCCACGGAUGUUGUUGUAAAAAUGGAAAGAGUAGAUACUGAAUCGGAAGAAUAUGAUGAGGAAUGGCAAUCCAAUCUGGCAGGGUUUACAUCGACAAAGGAAUCUGAGAAGAUCAGUUUAAACGAGGAAAUGAACAAGCACUGGGUUAAUAUACGGGAGAUACUGAAGUGGUCCAACGCUACGCCGAUAAGGAGUUAUGGUGGUAGAGGCUAUCUAUGCUGCUACUGUUCUAAACAAUUCGUUGAUCCCAGGGACUUGAGAGCACACACAUCACAGUCCCAUAUCGGUAUAAAUGAUGCUUGUUUCACUAAGAAAGCUCAUUUAAAUGGCUAUUGUAUUAAACUGGAUAUAACCGAACUAUUUUGCAACAUUUGCGGUGAAUCCAUAGACAAUGUGGAAUUGCUUUUAGAUCACCUUUCAAAAUAUCACAGUAUACAAAUCUACACGGACAUUAAAAAUCUUAUAGUUCCAUUCAAAUUUAAUAGUGAGGAACUCCAAUGCUGUAUAUGUGAUGAGAAAUUUGGAGCUUUCAAAGUUCUUUUGGCGCAUAUGAAUGAUCACAUUAGGAAUUAUGUAUGCGAAGUGUGCGACGCUGGAUUCGUCAACGUCAAGCAAUUGAGAGGACACGCAGAGAUCCAUAAAACGGGGUCGCACAAGUGUGAGCAGUGCGGCAAAGUUUUCUCCACGAUGCGCUCCUGCUCGUUCCACAUGAACAGGGUGCACCGCCGUACCUUCGUUUAUAAAUGCGGACACUGUUCACAAUCGUUCAAGGAGUCCAGACAGAAGCAGAAACAUCAACUGGAGGUGCACGGCGUGGGUGCGGUGAUAACGUGUGAAUAUUGCGAACGAUGCUUCAAAAAUCAGACGACGUACAAAAUCCACGUAAAUCGUGAUCAUCUGAAAUUACGCAAGUUUGCCUGUACGAUGUGCGAAAUGAGGUUUUAUAAGUGUAGCGAUUUGCACGAUCAUAUGGUUAGGCAUACCGGUGAGCGUGUUUAUAAAUGCGAAAUAUGUCAGAAGGCAUUCGCGCGACGUAAAACAUUGCGGGAGCACACGAGAAUUCAUCUUGACGAUAAGAGAUUUAAAUGUGAACAUUGUGAUAAGGGUUUUGUUCAAAAGUGUAAUUUGCGUACCCAUCUUUUAAACAAACACAAGCUAAUUAUUUAA